AUGGACGUUACGGCUCUCCGAGACCGUAUCCAGUCGACUCUCGACCCUAACACGAGUACUCGUCAACAGGCCGAGUUGGACUUGAAAUAUGCCGAAACGCAGCCCGGAUUUAUCAAUGCGCUGCUCGACAUCCUGCAGACUGAGCAGAACAAUGCCGUUCAGCUGUCUGCCGGUGUCUACCUGAAGAACCGUAUCAGCCGCGGAUGGGCCCCCGUCGAAGAUAACCCGCAACGCCCUCCCGUCCCUGAGGCUGAGAAGCCGAGUUUCCGCGAGAGACUGAUCCCUGCUCUGGCCUCCACGCCGCCCAAUGUCCGCGCUCAGCUGGUUCCGCUGCUCCAGAAGAUCCUCCAGAACGAUUUCCCCGAGCAGUGGCCUGGAUUCCUCGAUCUCACCCUUCAGCUUCUCGGCACGAAUGAUGCGAACACAGUCUACGCAGGCUUGCAAUGCCUGCUGGCCAUCUGCCGCGUGUAUCGGUUUAAGGCCGGCGAGAAGAGAGAGGAGUUCGAUAAGAUUGUGGAGCACUCUUUCCCCCAGUUGCUCAGCAUUGGACAGAGGCUGGUUGAUGAGGAGAGCCUGGAGGCUGCUGAGAUGCUCCGGAUUGUCGUGAAGGCUUAUAAGCACGCCAUCUACUUUGAGCUCUCCCCAGCUCUGCAGACUCAGCAGGCUACUGUGGACUGGUGCACAUUGUUCCUCCGAAUCAUCUCCAAGACUCCUCCCGCGAACGCCAUGGCUGAGUCCAAGGAAGAGCGGGAGUUGAACCACUGGUGGAAGUGUAAGAAGUGGUCAUAUGCGAACUUGAACCGUCUUUUCAUCAGAUACGGCAACCCCACCACGAUUACGAAAUCCUCCAUUCCCGAUUAUACCCCGUUCGCGAAGUCCUUCAUUACCUCCUUUGCCCCCGAAAUUCUCAAGGGCUACCUGCAGGAGAUCGACAAGUGGGUUUCCAAGUCGCAAUGGCUCAGCAACUCUGCUCUUUCUUAUACUCUGGUCUUUAUGGAGGAGUGCGUCAAGCCGAAGGCUAUGUGGGAGCACCUGAAGCCGCACAUGGACAACUUGAUCGCCCACUUCGUUUUCCCGAUCUUGUGCCAGUCGGAUGAGGAUAUCGAGCUGUUCGAGGAGGACCCUUCGGAAUACCUCCACCGCAAGCUGAACUUCUACGAGGAGGUUUCCGCUCCCGACGUUGCCGCUACCAACUUCCUGGUCUCCCUGACCAAGAACCGCAAGAAACAGACCUUCUCGAUUCUCACUUUCGUCAACAGCGUUGUCAGCAAGUACGAGUCUGCGGCUGAUGACCAGAAGCAGCCCCGGGAGAAGGAGGGUGCUCUCCGAAUGAUCGGCUCCCUCGCAUCGGUCAUUCUGGGCAAGAAGAGCCCCAUUGCUGACCAGGUCGAGUAUUUCUUCGUCCGCCACGUUUUCCCCGAAUUCCGCAGCCCCCACGGUUUCCUCCGUGCACGUGCUUGUGACACCCUGGAGAAGUUCGAGCAGUUGGACUUCAAGGACCCCAACAACCUGAUGAUCAUCUACCGGAACAUUCUGGAGUCUAUGACUGACCCCGAGCUGCCCGUUCGGGUUGAGGCCGCCCUUGCUCUGCAGCCCCUGAUCCGUCACGACGUUAUCCGCACCUCCAUGCAGCAGAACAUUCCUCAGAUCAUGCAGCAGCUUCUCAAGCUGGCCAACGAGGUCGAUGUUGAUGCUCUGGCCAAUGUGAUGGAGGACUUUGUUGAGGUCUUCUCUGCCGAGCUGACUCCAUUCGCCGUUGCCCUGAGCGAGCAGCUGCGCGACACUUACAUGCGCAUUGUUGGUGAGCUUCUAGAGCGGAAUGCCAACAAGGCCGGUGACGAUGAAGGAUACGGAGAUUUCUUGGACGACAAGAGCAUCACUGCAUUGGGUGUCUUGCAGACCAUCGGUACCCUCAUUCUCACCCUGGAGAGUACCCCCGAUGUGCUUCUCCACUUGGAGACCAUUUUGAUGCCCGUCAUCAGCAUCACUCUGGAGAACAAGCUGUACGAUCUGUAUAACGAGGUGUUUGAGAUUAUUGACAGCUGCACAUUCGCGUCCAAGUCCAUUUCGCCUACCAUGUGGCAGGCGUUUGAGCUGAUCCACAAGACCUUCAAGGCUGGUGCCGAGCUGUACUUGGAGGACAUGCUCCCAGCCCUGGACAACUACGUCUCCUACGGCUCUGACAUGCUGGUUCAGAACCCAGCUUACCUGGCUGCCGUCGUUGGCAUGGUUGAGGACAUCUUCCGCGACGACAAGGUUGGUGGUGUUGACCGUAUCUGCGGCUGCAAGCUGGCCGAGACUCUCAUGCUCAACCUCCGCGGUCACGUCGACCAGUACAUUCCUCUCUUCAUUGAGUUGGCCAUGGUUGUCAUUGACGCCGGUGAGGCUCGUACCAAGUCUUACCGUAUCCACCUGAUGGAGAUGAUCAUCAACGCCAUCUACUAUAACCCCGCUCUCAGUUUGCAGGUCCUGGAAGCCAAGGGCUGGACCAACAAGUUCUUCAGCACCUGGUUCUCCAGCAUUGACCAGUUCCGUCGCGUCCACGACAAGAAGCUUUCCAUCGCUGCUAUAAGCUCGCUGCUGACGAUGAAGGCUGCUGACGUUCCCGUCAGCGUCCAGCAGGGCUGGCCCAGAUUGCUGCAGGGUGUUACAAGGCUGUUCCAGACCUUGCCUGCUGCUCUCAAGCUGCGCGAGGAUGCCACUCGGGAGUCGGACUUCACUCUCGACGAUGAGGACGAUGAGGACGAUGAGGAGAAUGACUGGGAUGGCGAGGUUGAAUGGAACGAGGAAGAAGUUGAGGAGGCCGUUGAGGGUGACAUUGCCGAUGAGAGCGCUGCAUACCUCGACUUCCUCAACAAGGAGGCCCAGAAGUUCAGCCAAUUCGCCGAUGACGACGAUGACGAGCUUGAUGAGGAGAGUCUCCUCGAGACUCCUUUGGACAAGGUCGAGCCGUACGGCAUGUUCAAGCAUGUCUUCCUGAACCUCCAGUCCGAGCAACCCCAGCUCUACGAGAACUUGACCAAGGUCCUCGGCCCCGAGGAGCAGCAGAUUCUCCAGGCAGUGUUCCACGAGGCCGACGCCAAGGCGCUGGCGGCUGCCAACGCCGAAGCCGCCGCUGCAGCGGGCAUGCAGUCCAACGGCAACCAAUAG